AUGCGCUACGUUUACUAUGCCUCGCUGUAUACCAUGUGGGCCCUGAUUCCCGUUGGCACCCCGGACAACCGCGGGUGGUGGGCUGAGAUGGCCAAGUUCCUGGAAGAGUGUCUCCUGGUUAUUGAGUUUGGGGGUGAUGACCGGUUCAAGCUCAAGAAGGUCAACCCUGUUGUGGAUGAGGGGUAUGAGACCGGGGAUGGGAGUGGAUGUGUGGGAGGGUUUCGGGGCUGUCUGGGGGAUGAAUACAGCGAGGAUGAGGAGUUGAGUGAGCUUGAUUCCGAAAUGGAGGGGAGCGAGUAUGAGGGCGAGGCUGAGAGUGAGAUGGAGAUGAUCACUGAUGACGAGGAACAUAUCACUGACGAGGGUGAGGUGGGAGAGAACGAUUCUGCAGAUGAGGAACACGUGCCGGAGAGCGUGAGUAGGGAUCGCAUUGCGGAUGGAGAUGUAGAAACUGGCAGGGAGCGUCUGCGUCUGGAUAAGCAUGGUCAUGGGCAGCGGGACUUUGGAUAUCGCGCUUGGGCGCUCAAAAACCUUCCGAGAUAUGGUACGACCUUUCAUUGGGAUGAUGAGAACGGGGAGCCGGCUUUCGACAACGUGCGAUGUCAGCUGUGGCAGAAGGUUUGCCAUGAUCUUCGCGAGAUCGAGAUUAAGCAUGGUGGUCGACUCUACAUGAAGCCUGCUCUUGGGUUUCGCUGA